AUGGCCUCCAGCGCUUCGGUGGGCUUUGUAGGCAGAGGAAUUCAAAAGAAAACCCCUCAGCCCAGCUUUAAAGUCUUAGGAAUGCUUUCACUGUGGGAAGAGAAAUUCUUCAAGGAGAGCAAAGAGAUGUCCUGGAGUCUCACCCAUUGCAUUACGAUGCAAAGAGUAAGUGUAGCUGUGAAUGCUGAAGGACAAAACCCAGGAGCUGCGGACAUUGGAGAAGAAGCUGGGAGAUCUGUAGGAGUCCAGCAGCCAGCUUUACUGAGGGACAGGAGCCUUGGUUCUGCCAUGAAAGACUGCCCAUAUUGUGGAAAAACUUUCAGAACAUCACAUCACUUAAAGGUCCACUUGAGAAUACAUACAGGUGAGAAGCCUUACAAGUGUCCACAUUGUGAUUAUGCUGGUACUCAGUCUGCAUCCCUCAAAUACCACUUGGAGCGGCACCAUCGGGAGCGACAGAAUGGAGCAGGACCACUGUCUGGGCAGACUGCAAGUCAAGAACACAAAGAUGAGACAUCAAGUAAAAGUUCUGUGUUUAUUAGACCAGAUAUAUUGAGAGGAGCCUUCAAGGGGCUUCCUGGUAUUGAUUUCCGAAGUGGCAUGGUCUCGCAGCAGUGGACGUCAGGAAUGCUGUCUUCUGGAGAUCAGCAAGGACAAGCAGCUGGCAUGUCAUCUGAAGUAUCUUCAGAAAAUAUGAAGGGUUCAGACAUACCUUCCAAAGGAACACACUUCUCUGAACUUGGCCGUGCUUACCAGAACAUGGUUGGGAAUGGUGUGAACUUUCAAGGGUCUUUGCAAGCUUUCAUGGACAGCUUUGUCCUAAGUUCUUUGAAGAAAGAAAAAGAAAUGAAGGAUAAAGCUCUAUCAGAUCCACUUUCAGCAAAAGCUCUGGGCUCAGAUGGUGGUGAGGAAAAGAUAAACAGCAAGCCCUCCCAGCGAAAAACAGAAAAGUCACAAUACGAACCCCUUGACUUAUCCGUAAGGCCAGAUGCAGCUUCCCUCCCAGGUUCAUCUGUUACUGUGCAAGACAAUAUUGCUUGGCAUGGCUGCUUGUUUUGUUCCUUUACAACUUCAUCUAUGGAACUAAUGGCUCUGCACCUCCAGGCCAAUCACUUGGGCAAGGCUAAACGUAAAGACAACAUCAUUGGGAACAACAAAGACCAAUCUAGAGAAGCUUCAGCCUCAGUUAAUAAAGUGAGCUUGCUCCCCUCUUCUGUGCAGUCCAGCAAGGAGGCAGUAGUUUCAAACAUGCUGACCCAGCUGGACUCAGCAUCUGAGAAAAUGACUCAAGGACAAAAUAAAGAGACCCUGGGAGAGCAAAAGAGCACUGCCUGGCCCAGCCACAUGGAAUCCACUUUUUGUAAUUUUACAACAGACUUCUAUAAGCAGUUUGGUGUUUACCCUGGUGUUAUUGGCACAGGAACACAAAAUUCUUGCACCAGUAAUGAAUCUGAAAUAAAAACACAAUCCGAAGAUGACACAAAUAUUCUGCUCUCUGACUCUGUAAAUAAAAGUGCUACUGAUGACCUUUCUGACAUAGCUUCAUCUGAGGAUAUGGAAUCUUCCAAGGAAGAAAACAUUGAAGAUGAGGACAUUGACACAGAACCAGAUAUUAUGAAUAAGCAGUUGUCUGCCCUAAAUAAAGAAAGUAAUGAAGGAGGAGACAAUAUACAAAGUGCAGUCACCUCACAACCAACACAAGGGCUUGUAUCACCACUGCCACAAGCAUCAGAAAAGCAGUGGCACGGUCAGAAUCUUCUAUCCUCUCAUGAGACUGCACAAGGAGUGAUGAAACCCGAACAAGUUCAGGGUCCACAGGUCCUGGAGAAGCAGAUGAACAUGUUGUCAGUCCUAAGAGCUUACAGCUCUGAUGGCUUAGCAGCCUUUAAUGGACUUGCAAGUAGCACAGCAACUAGUGGAUGUAUCAAGAGACCUGACUUGUGUGUUUCUAAGAAGAACCUUUCCUUGCUGCUUGGCAGCCAGUAG